AUGAGCGAGUGGGAUUCCGUUACUCGCAUUGGAACCAAGCACCGCGCUGGUCCCGCACCCCGCGAGACUGUCAUCAAGGGCAAGAGUGCCCUGAACGCUGCCCAGCGCCAGGGUCUCAUUAUUGGAACCGAGAAGAAAUAUGCCACUGGCAAUGUUGCUGGCCGGUCUGGUGCCGUUGAGGGUCAACACUUGACCAAGGUCGACCGCAGUGAUGAUAUCGUCAAGCCCAAGACCGUGGGUCUCCAGGUUGGAGAGGCUAUCAAGAAGCGUCGAACCGAUGAGGGCUACAAGAUGACGCAGAAGGAGCUCGCCACUAAGUGCAACACCACCGUCACCGUUGUCCAGGACUUCGAGAGAGGCACCGCCGCCCCCGACCAGAAGGUCCUCAGUGCCAUGGAGCGUGUGCUCAACGUCAAGCUGAGAGGUGCUGAUAUCGGGAGUGAGAAGUUCCCCAAGAAAAAGUAA